AUCCAGCAGGAAUGGGCGGAAACUUCCUAAAAUAACUCUUGGAAGAGUGAACGCAAUGGCUGCCGUUCUCCCGAUAACGCGACAGAUCGCGCGCUCCGUUCAGGAGAACAGACGCGCCUCACACGAUCUCUGCAUCGCUGAGGUCAGGGACUGUCUGAUAUUUGAUCGACACGGUGUCUCUAAAACCUUCAGCAGUUUGUUUCAACACAACAAAGCCAUCAUUGUGUUCGUGAGGAACUUCUUGUGCUACACAUGCAAAGAAUAUGUGGAGGAUUUGGGCAAAAUACCUCGGCAAAUGUUGCAGGAAUCGAAUGUCAGAUUAGUAGUGAUUGGACAGUCCUCGUGGGGUCAUAUAGAGUUUUGUUUUUUUCUUGAUGAAUCAAAAAUUGAAAAAAAAAAGGCUUUCUGCUCCCUGACAGGCUAUUCUCACGAAAUAUAUGUUGAUCCCGAGAGACAAAUCUACAAAAAACUUGGAAUGAGAAGAGGAGAGACGUACAUGGAGACACCUUCCAGCAGUCCUCAUGUGAAAUCCGGAGUACUGGUCGGGAGUCUGAGGAGCAUGUGGCGAGCCAUGACCAGCCCUGCGUUUGACUUCCAGGGAGAUCCGCUGCAGCAAGGCGGAGCUCUGAUCGUAGGCCCAGCUCCACAGGUUCAUUUUGCCCAUUUUGACAUGAACCGGCUGGACCACAUGCCCAUCAACUGGUUGCUUCAGUUAGCAGGCCUCCAAACGCUGGACUUCAGCGAGUCGCACAAAAUCAUUGAUAUCUGAAG